GCAUUAGGAAAGGACGGGCUUAAUCUGGGAAUAAACCUGGAGUCACGUUUUGUCGUGUUGACUCCGCAUCCCUAGAUUUGAUGGGACUGCAGUUGUCGGAGGGAUGCUGUGAAGAGGAAGUGUUUAUUUGACUCCACAUUCACAAAUAGCCACUUAAGGGUGCAUCUUCAGUCGAACAGGAGCAUGGGUCUGCAGACCGUGUUCCGUGCGGUGAUCACGGGGGCCCCGGGCUCGGGGAAGGGGACCGUGUCCCGUCGGAUAGCGCAGAGUUUCGGACUGAAACAUCUCUCCAGCGGAGACACGCUGCGGGCCAUUAUCGAGACGAAGACAGAUUUGGGUCUCCUGAUGAAGUCGUGUAUCGAUCAGGGUCAGCUGGUUCCCGAUGAUGUCAUCUCUCGUCUCAUCCUGUCCAGUCUGAGGGGUCUGGAGCAGAGCAGCUGGCUGCUGGACGGGUUUCCUCGGACUGUGGCUCAGGCCGAGGCCCUGGACAGCGUGUACGAUGUGGACUCUGUUAUAAACCUGGACGUGCCUUUCCAGACGAUCCGCGAGCGUCUGACGUCUCGCUGGGUGCACCUUCCCAGCGGCAGGGUCUAUAAUAUAGACUUCAACCCGCCUAAGAAACCAGGUCUUGAUGAUGUCACAGGAGAACCGCUGGUCCAGAGAGACGAUGACAGUCCCGAAAUUGUGUCCAGGAGACUCAAGGACUAUGAGAGACAGACACAACCCGUUCUAGAGUAUUACAGGAGUAAAGGAGUAUUGGAGACCUUCUCAGGAACUGAAACCAACAAGAUAUGGCCUCACAUUCAUGCCUUCCUGACCAGGAAAAUCCCAGGAAACCAGCAGGCUGUGGGAAAAGCGUGAUUGCAGAACCACCUUGAGGACUGAAGUACACUGUUGGACUCGAGCACAAUACACCUCUGUGGCCUUAAGCAGUCUACUGUAUUCGCCGAAGCCUUUGGUGUCACCAUCUGCUUGUAUGCCAUUGUGAGAAUGUUAGCACCAAACUAAAGGUUUAUGAUCAAACGAUAGUCUCAUGAGCUCUAGCGCUGCCAUCUUAAGCAAACAAACUAGCUUAAAGAGUUAAGAUUGCUAAGAUUAAUAAUUAAUAAUAUGGUGCCCAAACCAUACUCUUAACCCAAUUUUUUUUGGCUGCAAAGUGUGGACACAGCAUCUCCUAAACAUUCCUGUUUAUUUUUAACCAUUUUAAUAUUAUUGAGAUCUGUGCAUACUAGAGAAGAAAAUAGUUAAUUAAAAAAAUUCCCAGAUGAAUGCAGUGCAAAAUUAUGAUUUAGACCUGAUUUUUGAAUGUUCUGACAAUUUAUUAUAAUUUUUUUUUGUAAACCACUGUGGCCUUAAUUAGUAAAAACACUAAUUA